AUGAAGUUCAUGGACAGAUUACCAACGGUAAUCAGCUGUUGUUUCUGCUGUUUCUUGAGAGCUGGCACUGUUAUGAUUGCCUUGUUCUGUUUUUUUGCGGGGCUGCUCUUUGCGCCCAACGUGAACCACACGCGCGGCUUCUGGGACAUGAACUCCGUGCUGUCGUACUACAGCACCGCGACGGAGAGCGCAGUGCAGGUGCUGCUCGGCGCCGUCUCCGUGCUGCUCUGCUUCGUCAGCGUGCUGCUGGCGAUCGGCGCUCUGUGUAACCUUCCAGCGCUCAUCGAGAUCUACCAGUGGGGUGUUCUCUUCUACGGCUGCACGGUAUUCUUGCUGUUCGCCAUCUUGGAUGUCUUCUGUUUCUUCGUGCAUAGCAACUGCGUGGUGGCGGGAGCCGUUCUGCUCGGCCUCAUGGUUGUUAUUGUUCUUUUGACAAUGUACUUCAUGAUCGUGGUGAACAGCCUCCGGAUGUCGAUGAAGUAUCUCAAUACUGAGGAAUUUGUCUUGUGAUUGUGUGCUGUAAAUAUUUUAGUAAAUUUAUUUUGAAUUUUAAUGCUUUUA